AUGAGCAACUUCACCAGCUUCGAAUUCUCGGCCGAAAAAUUCAACACCCAUUGGCACGCAAAUUCAUGCGAUUUGUGCUUUCACAACGCCGCUGACUGGAGUGACCUUACAGAAACCGAGCUUUCGGAACUCGUCUUGACCAACUUAGACACGAUUUUCAAAAUCGCAAUAAAAAGGAUAGUUGCCAGUGGCUACAGUGAGGGCAUUGCCACCACGGCCAUCCUGAGGUCAGGCCUUUGGUACGGGUGCAAGUACACCGUAUCGAAGGUGGUGGACAACACCCUAGAAUUCCUCAUCAGCGAACAAGAAAUCGACUCGCACUAUUUUGAUAACUUGCAGCAGAUGGAUAAAUACAUAUUGGCCGAGUUAGUUUGUCUCUUGAGAGAGUCGAGAUGGCUGAGGGCGGCUGAGUUGGCCGCCAGCUGCCGAGAUGUGUCAAGGCUCGUGUGGGCAAGGGAGAGGCUGCUGCAGGCGAAGGACAUCCGAGAUGAAAUUGAGGCCAAACUAAACGAGGAAUGGAAGGCAAAAAACGAGCUGCUAACACAAGCCACAUCAUUCAAAAAAGAAAGAGAACAAGUCGAGAUCUCAACCCAAUCCAAGGAGGACACCAUCAAAUCCAGAGCCCAAACUAAUUUGCACGAGAAGCAGGGGAUGAAGGAUUGCCCGUCUUGUAGAAGCCCGAUUCAGAGACGAGUGUCCAUACGUUAUGCUCGCUCUUAAACACAGUUAGUUUCCGAAUAUAUAAAGAUAUGAGCCUUUUCGGGUUUAAUAAUGUUAUGUGUGAGACUAGAUUAACAGUGAAUGUUGUUGAUAGAGUAUGAGUUUGUGUUUCUUUUUUUCUUUUUCUUUUUUUUU